AUGACAACCAGGACGUCGACCGAAGCAUCGAACUGGGAGGCUGAUGGCCAAAACACCGACAGGGCAACGACCCCGCCAACGACUGAAAACACAACCGACACGAAGAAGUCCUGCCGCGGCUGCACAUCCCCGGCCAAAACCCUAGAACUCGUUGAUGUCAUCGUCGCAACACUAGCGCCCGUGACCGUCUUUGUUCUGUCGAUCAGGGGCAGGGAAGGGCUUGGACACAGCCGGCUUGCACCGUUCCCAGGGUCGAGAUCCCAAGUUGCUCAGGGCCGUACCCCAGGGCCCAAAAACUCCAAGCCCAACCCUAGGAGUCAGAAUGCCGAAGGCCCGAAACCUGCGAAGCCCUCUAUGUGCCCUUAUUAG